AUGAGAAUACUAUCCAACCUGCCCAAGGGCACAAAGCGCCUAUACGCCAUAUGUCUUCACCUCGCAAUAGGCGCCUCAAUAUGGGGCUACAACAUUGGCAUUUUGUCCUCCAUCCUCGUCCACCCGGGCUGGCGAGAGACGCUCCAGGACCCGACGCCCGCGCAAAAGGGCCUCAUCACGGGGAUAUAUUACCUGGGCACAUUUCUCUCAUACAUCUUUUUGUCGCAUCCUCUUGCAGAUUACUUGGGCAGACGGUAUGCCGCCAUGAUCGGCACGUGUACCCUGAGUCUUGGGGCGAUAUUGAUGGCGGCUGCGAGGGGAGAUGGUGCGGUGGGAAUGAUGGCCUUGGGGAGAUGGGUUUGCGGCCUGGGUGUUGGAGUGGUGAGCACUACGGUGCCGUUAUAUCAAAGUGAGAUAUCUCCCGCAAAAGAAAGAGGAAAAUUCGUCACCAUGAAUCACGUAGGCUUCAUCGCUGGUCUUGCCUCCGGCCUAUGGGUCGGCUACCUCAUGACAUUCUGGACUUCCAACGCCGGCAAAUUCUGGGGAUGGCGACUCUCCAUCCUCAUCCAAUGCAUCCCAGCCGUGACAUUCACAACCGGCCUGCUCUUCCUCCCAGAAACACCAAGAUGGCUCCUCGAAAAAGGCGACAUGGAACAAGCUUCCAAAGUCCUGCACCGCCUUCGACAAGACACCAUCCCCGCCGAAUCAAUCACCCAUGAACUCCACGCCAUUGCCGCUGAUAUCGAAUCCCGGCACAAAGCCGGCACGACGUUCCUCUCUCUUUCGCUCUCGCUCUCCUUUAUGGCGCAGAUGUGUGGUGCCACAGCAAUGAAGUACUACUUGCCUACCCUGCUGAAGGCCUUGGGCUUGAACUAUAGAUUGGCAUUGAUGGCGGGGGCGGUAGAAAUGACGGUCAAGAUUGGCAUGACGAUUGUGGAGAUGUGGGCGAUUGAUAGGUUUGGGAGGAGGACUUGCUUGACGGGGGGGAGUCUGAUCAUGGGAGUUGCUAUGCUUGUGAACGGGUUUCUGCCGAUGCUGUAUGCAGGAAACAAGAGCAAGGUUGCGGACGUCAUCUGUAUCGUCUUUAUAUUCAUCUACGCAAUGGGUUAUAGUCUUGGUCUCGGCCCAGCGGCAUGGGUAUACAGCUCCGAGAUCUUUCCGACCUCUGUUCGAGCUCGUGGCCUCAACUUUGCAGCCUCGGGAGGUUCCAUUGGCAGCAUCCUCGUUUCUCAGAUCUGGCCCGUGGGAAAUGCCAAGUUCGGAAGCGGGAUAUACUUGUUCUUCAUGGUGGUCAAUUUCACAUGUGUACCGAUCAUCUGGCUGUUAUAUCCCGAAACAAAGGGUAGGGCAUUGGAAGAUAUGGACAGUCUAUUUGGAAAAGGGGAGGAUAGAAAUGCAACCGUUCCGCUGGGCGGCGUGAUUGAUGGAGCAGGUCAGGAUGCGGACGUACCAUCUGCGAGAUCAAGUAACGAGGAGGAUGAGCCACUGCUAUCAUAA